AUGUCUGUCGUAUCUUCCCUAUUUCUGUUUCUUCUGUGUGUUUCUUUCCAUUCAUGUUACGGGCGACAUCUUGCUGCGAUUGGGAAGGAGCCGGAAACAAAAUCCCUCCUUCCAUUCGAGAAUGAUGAGACGACGAGUACUCCUGGAGCGGGCGAUGGAGAGGGAAUGGUGAAUCAAAUUAGCAGGGUUGAGAAAGAUGAUGAUCACAAGCCUUUGAAGGCCACCAGGAAGAUGAAAGGCCAAGGAGAAGGCAUGGAAAAGAUCUCAUCAGGUGCUGUAAAAACUGAUCCGUCCAAACCUUCAAAUGUAUCUUGGCAUGUACCCCACAAGGAAAGGGGUGAGGAGCAGCAACCUGGGUUUAACUUGGACUAUGACUAUGCACCCCCAAGGACUCACCCUCCGGUUCACAAUUGA